AUGGCUGACCAAUCUCAAGACGAGUUGGCCAAGGGCCACGGUGGCGGCAAAAGCAACGCUGGUAAGAAUACCAUCGAUGAGCAGGUUGAUAAAUCGUCUACUAAACGGAGUUGUAAGAGUGUGGAUGUUAUCGAGAAUGUGUUAGUUAAUAGUAACAAGGAUUGUGACGAGAUACAAGUCGAUUCCUUAGGCGAUUCCCUUUCACCUGAAGUUGUUCCAUUGGAUGAAAAUGGGCCCAAAGCGGCAGAAAUAACUACAUCAGUAUCGGCUGAAGAAUCAUCAGUUUCAACUGACUCUUUGCCUCAGGGUUCGAAUACUUCCGGUCCCAUGACUAGGUCCAAGGCAUCGGGGAGUAGGCACGAUUAUGAGCGUACCGCUGGUUCGGUGAUAUCCCAUUUUACUCGCCGCCUUGUUACUGAUACUGCUAAUAUUGACGUGGAUCAGCUUGUGGAGUCUAUGGAGGCAAAUCAAUCUGCUCCUCCUAGUGAGGAGGAUGCUGAUGAGCGUAUGCGUAUGAAUGAGACUAACCGUAUGCUUCGUGAAUUAACGUCAGAUUCAGAAUUGAUGAGCCAGGUGAUGCGUGCUGCUACUAACCCUGAGAUGGCUAAAGAGCUUGCUCGUCAGGCUGAUACCGCUUGGCGUAACAUCGAGGCAUUGCCUGGAGGUUUUCGUGCACUUUGUCAGAUGCAUCGCAAUAUACAGCAGCCUUUAUGGCACGCUAUGAUGGACGAGAAUCGCCGUGGCUCAGUAUCUAAGAACUACGAGAAAGCUGUGACACCAAAACCCACCCAAAAGUUGACGGUUGAAACAUUUCCUAAUCCAUGGGCUACACCUCCGUCCAUGUUCUCACCUUCGCCUAAUUUCGGAUUAAAUGACGGCAUUUUAUCUGCCCCAAUGAGCGGUCUCGGCAAUUUGCUGUCAGCAAUACCUGCAUCUUCAAGCCAAAAUUCUUCAGGGAACAAUUCUCCUGGCAACCUCAACCUGAUGAGCGCCUUGCAGCCAUAUCUUGCAGGCCUUAUGCGUAACCCUUCAAAUUCAUCAAGAUCAGCUAGCUCUGCAGUCGGUACUUCCAACGACCCCCAAAGUGUUACACCUGAAAGUUCGUCCACCGAAGAGAGUCACCCUACUGUAACGGCGUCUUCAUCAACGGAGCCUAUACCGGCUGAGGCGGCUGACCUGUCGUCUGCUACUAGUGAGGUAAAGUAUGCUAAGGAGUUGGAGCAGAUGCUUGAAAUGGGUAUCGAGGACCGAGAGCUGUGUCUGACAGUGCUUGAAGCAUCUGAUGGUGACAUAUUUGCGGCUAUAGAUUUGUUACAGAGCCUUCGAGAGGCUGACGGUACGGAGCCGCGUGAGGAUGCUUAG